GCAUCCAUUUCUGUGUUUCCAGAGCAGGAAUGUUGUAUGUUUUGUACCUCGCAAACAACUUUCAGCAGGCCUUGUUAGUUGAAAGGGUUGGUGAUGAGUGGCGCGAGCCCUAUCAUCUUAUCUUUUUUACCCCCCCCCCCCCCAUACCCGAUUUUCAUAUAUCCUUUCUUCUCUUUUGUAUGCAUAGUCUGUUCUUACAUGUUGUUCCCUACUGUUUAUAUCUUUGAUUCCAUUCAAAGCGACUUGAUGGGGGUUUCUUUCUUUUGUUCUUGUUUUCGACUGUACAGCAUCUCAACUUAUUAUGAGUUCCUUGGAAUAUGAUAGAUUCGCCAUGAAUGAAUGGCCUUUUGUUCAUUUUGUUAUACAUUCAUUGAUUUCGAUUUCACUUUGCUGUAAUCAUGUCCUUCAAAACACUAUGUUGCGCCCGUAUCCAAUGCUCGAGUAACGC